CAAGUUUGAUUUACAACUCUACAAGCUUGAAAACAAUAGUUAUCUAGUAGACUUUAAAAACGCAGGCACAAAGCGUUUAGACGCAGACGGAAAAGAAAUCAAAAAGGUGCCACAGGGCCCAUUUUGGCAGUUGGAUGAAGAAGAUGCCUUGGCUGAACAUAUGCAGAGUGUGUACCCCUUUCUAGAUGUCUGUAGUAAAUUGAUUACGGAUAUAGUCUAAAUAAAAAAAUACCGGCCGGAACUUGAAAUGGCACAGAUAUAGCCCUUUCUUGGGAACAUGGAGAGAUUCCCACUCUCUUUUUUGAUCAGAUGAGCACCGAGAUGCAAAGUGUGUUUGAGGCCUUUGAUAACUAUAGCUGGGACUCUGACCCUGUUUUUCAAGCUGGUUAUCAAAGCAUUAUGGCCAGCAUGCCAGCUGAUAAUACAAGGUUACUAAAAGCAAAGCACUUUUAUUUUUCCAAGUUUCAACAGUCAUUUGACCUAGACGCAUAUCUGCAGUAUGAGAAAGAAAAGAAACAUGAAUUGUAUGAACGUGUAGAGGAUUAUAAUUAUGAGAAUGACGAAACGUUUGUGAAAGGGUUACCAGAGAUCAUCAAGGGAUACGUAGAGCAGCAAAAGAAAGGAUUAUGGGAUAAGGACAAGCUCGAAUUUGAAUUGAGAAAGGCAAAGGCAUUUUACUAUCAUGCUAAAAUAGAACAAUUCGACAUCUCAGAUUAUUUCAGCUAUAUCACAAAGAAACAAGAUUCAAAAAAGCCUGCUUGUCCAUUUGCUAACCUUUGGCAGAACAAAGGAACAGUCCAAACACAAGAUCAAACCAAUGGUGCUUCAUUUGUCGUCGCAGAAGAACCCAAGUUCACAGGCGCGAUAAAAAUAACACUAUCAUCGCCUACAAGCAAAAACAUUCUUUCGAUAGACCGACUUGAUGAAUUGCAACGAGCGAUUGAAAAGGCUAAUGAUGAUCACAUCACUUGCAUGUUCUUGACAGCAACCGUGUAUGAUAGUCCCAUCCCAUCCAAAGAAAUGAUUGAAACGAACGAUACCAAGAUGAUUUGCUGCGGUUUGCCGUACGAAGAAACAUCGAGAUUGGUAUCUGGCUCUGAUCUGCGUCAGGCCUCACUUUUUAAGAUCUCAAGUGCGUACAAUGACCUCGUUCGCACGCUCUUGACAUCCAGCAAGCCAACCGUUUGCUUUCUCAAUGGCCAAAUUCCUCUGAACGCUGCUCAUCUAUUUCUCCUUCCAAAGCAUAUACGACUCAUUACGGAACAUGCACUGUUGAACCUCGGACUUGAUCUCUCACAUAGUCCUAUACCUCCUCUUUACAUUCUGAAAUCCUGUAGCAAAGCCUCUGUGAUCCUCUACCUUGCCUUGGCUCCGCCUGUUAAACUGCGCGGGCCAGAGCUACUGUACCUUGGCUUGGCAGAUUUCUUUGUUCCCGAAUUGAAACUAAGUGAUGCAUUUGAUACAGCAAGAACGAUGGCUAUAUGCAGAGUACCUGAUCAAGCCGUUCGACUCGCCUUGGGUACUCGACACACAUAUGCAGGACCGAACAGAAUCACUGUUUGGCAAGAUCAAAUCGAACAAGUAUUUGAAUCUGCAGAGAGCUUUGAAAGUCUAAAGAGUCAACUAGAGUCCAUUCACAAUAAAUGGGCAGAUACCAUCUUGGAUCACUGGAACACGCUCCCUCCUACCUUACUCAAGGUGAUCUUUAGGGCAGUAAAGCAGAUGGAUACGAUGGAGUCAAUCGAUGUUUUGGAACUUGAACAAAAGCUGAAUGCAAAAUGGAGGCAGACUGAGGAUUAUAAGGAAUGGCUGAGGUCCGGUAAGAACUGGUCAGAUAAAGAAGACGUUGAGUUUUAUUUUACGGAUUUGACAUUGCCACCAUUGUCCGAUGGUGUUGUUUACCAGGCACCUGCAGAGCAAGAGAGCCAAGCUCUUGUCUGUCCUGUGACUGGACAGACGGCUUCUUCUUGUCCAGUUGCUGGUGUGAUGAAUAAAGUAUAACUUUUUUUUAAAAAAAAAGAACGUUUAUUUUUUUUUAUAUAUAAAGACCUUUAAACAUUUGUCCUUUUUAUGGCGCCUCUUCUUCUUCAACAGGAACAGAAGCAUAUCCCCCAAAGAUCUCCUGCUCAAUAGCAGCCUGUCCUUGAUUUCUGAUAGAUUCAUUGUAUGAUUUUGCUGGUGUGUUUCUAAUAACUAUUUGAUAAUACUACGCAUAGGGUUGGUCAGUGAUUGAACAACGUUGAGGUGUCAUAUUACCCAAAAGCCAGUACAGGCAACCAUGGAGAGGAUGGCAGUGAUAUAAGGAACUAAUAAGAAGCAAGAUUAGUUGUCUUUUGAAUUCAUAUUUGCUACAACGUACGCCAGUAAGGAUAAUAUUUGUUAUCCACAGGAAUAAAGACAAAGACGAGAGCAUAUAAAGUGAAAAACAAAAAGGCAUACACGCAAACUAAAGAUACACACAUA